AUGGGGAUAGCGCCGGUGUUGACGACAGCUCCGCAAGGGCAACCGCCGCCGGGGGUUUGGCGUCGCUGGAUUAGCACGGGGGCAUUCAUUGUUGGCCUGCUGCUUAUCGCCAAGUUCCCCCCGUUAAAGCACAGCUUGAAUUUCGCAUGCGACUCCGGUUCCAGGGAGACCCAAAUCUCACCAUAUGGUCAGUUUCCUUUACCUGACGACCCCUUCCGCUUUCUGCCCUGCACUCGGUCAACAGUCUCGCCGCCGUUAGACGACAGUCACCCUGAUCGGACCUGGGCUGCCCGGUUCGAUCCUAAUCCCGAUCACUGGAGUUGGGGCACAUCAAGGAACAACGCCACUACCGGCGAUGAUGUGUACGCUGGACGUGGCAUCUACCUAUGCGGCUACCUGGACGUUCACUUGGAUUAUACAAACAAGUCCGAUAGCCGCAUCGCGCGCCUCGCCGUGACCAAGUUUCAGAUCUCCGGUUUGGCACGUGUUGACGUGGUCAACGACUCCUCCUCGGCCGGCAGGAAGAGCGAGCGGACCAUCGUCAUUGAGCCGGGUGGCCCAGGAGGCAGCGGGACGGGCUACGCAUGGCGCGUGGCGCAAAACGUCAGCGAGCGGUUUAGUGACGGCAAGUUUGACGUCCUGGGCUGGGACCCGCGAGGCGUGAAUGCCUCGCUUCCGGCUGUCGAGUGUUUCCCGUACGACGCGGAACGCGAUCACUGGAAUCUUCUCAGCUCGCUGCACUAUGCCGUCUCGGACUCGCCCAGGCGCCAGCUGGAAAUCGCGGAUGCUAUGAACGCUGCAGUGAUGCGCGCCUGCUGGGAGCGGCACGGCGAUCUUGGCCGCUUCGUCGGCACGGGGCUUGUUGCUCGGGACCUGGAGCAGAUCCGGAUAGCGCUUGGUGAGGACGAGCUGACGGGCUACCUCGUCAGCUAUGGCACGGGCAUUGGGCAAACAUAUGCUGCCAUGUUCCCGGGCAGCGUGGGUCGGCUGAUCCUCGACGGUACCGAAUAUGUGCGCGACCAUCGCCUCCGUGGCGGGUUUGGUUGGACUGCACUGGACAAUGCCACAGAUGCCUGGCGUGACGGGUUCUUGGGCGAGUGUAUCAAUGCUGGCCCCGAUCACUGCGCGCUUGCAAGGCCAAGGGACGGGAAGCCGGUUACCCUCUCGGAUCUCGAGACACGCAUGGACGCUUUGAUGAAAUCCCUCGCCGCCCGCCCUGCCCCUGGAUACCUGGAGGCCAGGGGUCCAACUUUGGUAAUGUACUCGCCCCUCGUUGACGCUUUCUAUGGUGCAAUGUACAACCCGAGAAGUUGGCCUACGCUGGCACAAACGCUAUAUGAGCUCGAGGCGGGGAACUCGACCCUUGCAGCAUCCACUUUGGAACGUUCUUGGCAAUAUGACCCGGCCCUCCCAUGCUCACCGGAUCCUAUGCCCGCCUCAGACUUGGAGCUGGGUACCCUUGUUAUUUGCGCGGAUUCCUAUGAUGCUCCUGGGCCUGACGACUUGGACUGGUGGCUGUCACUCUGGGUGAACAUGACCUCGAAAUCUUGGAUUGCAGGCAACAGCCGUUUCUACAAUGUCCUUCCCUGCCGCCAUUUCCUGACGUAUUGGCCGGACCCCGUCGGCGUGUACCGCGGUGACCUCAACAAGACGCUCAAGCACCCGGUGCUGCUCAUCGCCGAGACGUACGACCCGGCAACUCCGCUCCGGAAUGGAAGGCGGCUGCUGCAAGAAAUGGGCGCAAACGCGCGGUUGAUUGCUCACCAUGGGUACGGCCAUUCUUCGAGGGAUACCUCAAGCUGCACUGAGUCGUUGGCGAAGGCGUACAUUCUCAACGGCACUCUGCCGGAUGAGCCCGAGACGGCAUGCUAUGCCGAUGAAAAGCCGUAUCUCUACGGUGUCAAGGAGAACAAUGGUGCUGCCUUGACCAAGACGAAGGAGGAUCCUGUCAAGGCGUGGCAACAGCAUCUGACUGAGCUGUCCCUUAUGAACCCGAGGCUGCUCCCUGGACGGCGGUAA